AUGCGCUUGCCACUUUCCCUUACCUUGAUCUCACUGCUCUCAGCAGUCACUUUAGUCGCCUUGCCCCUCGACCACCAAGAUCAAGCAAUCUCGAUUCGCCAUGUCAACGAAUUAUCACCCAUCGAAUCGCCACCUAUCAAAUCUGUACAACCUCGUUCCAACAAUCCAGACUCCGUUGCGCAGUCUUCGCCGCACAAACUCCAACGACGUGCACACUAUCAGAUGCCCCGUUUCAAGUUUGGCCCUAAUAGCAAACUUGUAAUUGAUGGCCUCUCAAUCUUCUGGACAUUUGUCGGUGAAACUAAGUUCGUCGACGUAGUCACGUUCGUAAACCAUUUCGCUGGGAACGUUAUCGUAAACCUCUAUUCCAUGAAUGAGCAUGCCCUACCAGAUAAAAUGCUUCAUACUUGGAAUAUUGGUGCCGAAGGUGUCGUGCAAUUCAAGGAAAUGGUUCAGUAUCAAAAGUUUGGUCAAUUUGUAAUAGAGCUUUUUACUAUCGAAUGA